CGGGCCCAAGGUUUUAGCUGCCUGCACCUCACCACCCACGACAAGCAGCACUUCUACGCCCACCUGGGCUUCAUCCUGGGCAAGCCGGUGCAGAGCGUGGCCUUCCUCAGCCCCGCCAUACCCACUGAGGUGCUGCGGCUCUUCUCCACCGCUCCUGGCACUGCCACCACCACCAGGCCAAGGGUGACGUCCGCUCCCGCGCCUCCCCUCCCACCGCCUGCUGCCCCCCCUCCCGCGCCAACCGUGGUCUGGGCGAGGGGAGUCCUGGCCGAGAGCAGUGGGCAGAGCCUCCUGGAGACCCCCUACCGUGAUGCCAAAGGGCUGCCCAUCUUCUGGAUGAAGAAGGACAUGGGAGGGGCUGGGGCCCCGAGCCAGCGAUGA